AUGGUUUCAAUUAAAUUGAUUCUGAUUUUGUUAAUCUCUUUAACACUAUCAUCAUCAUCAUCAUCAUCGUUAUCGUCAUCGAAUGCAUUGAUUCAACAGAACAAUCUCUCAGCUUACGAUCUUCUCAUGGAAUACGGUUUCCCAAAGGGUCUUCUUCCAAAAGGAGCAAUCGGGUAUACCUUAAACAGAGAAACAGGUCAAUUUUCAGUGUUUUUUGAGAAAACAUGUGGUUUUACGAUAGAAAGUUACACGCUUAGUUACAAGAGUACUAUCUCGGGUGUGAUUUCGAAGAAUAGGCUUUAUAAACUCAAGGGUAUUUCCGUCAAGAUUGUGAUUUUGUGGUUGAGUAUUGUUGAGGUUUCUCGUGACGGUGAUGAUAUUGGUUUUUCUGUCGGUAUUACUUCUGCCAAUUUUGGGGCGGAGAAUUUCCUUGAAUGCCCUCAGUGUGGAUGUGGAUUCGAUUGCGAUGAUUAUAAGCUUCAUUUAAACGGUGACGUUUCUUCAAUUUAG